AUGAUGAACACAAAGAAGCUAAUCAAGAUGGCCAAGAAAUGGCAACAAAGAGCAGCCUUGAGCAGGAAAAGAAUCUCAUUUCAAAGAUCGAGUACUACUACUAGCAGCUCAAAUGCUGUAGAAAAGGGAUGUUUUGUGGUUUACACGGCAGAUAAAACACGCUUUGCUUUUCCAAUAAGUUACCUGAACAACUCUGUCUUCCAAGAACUCUUGAAGAUCUCUGAAGAAGAAUUUGGCCUCUCCACGGAAGGACCAAUCACGUUGCCAUUCGAUUCGGUUUUCUUGGAGUAUCUAAUCAAACUAAUCCAACGACGCAUGGAUGGAGAUACGGAAAAAGCUCUGUUAAUGUCAAUCUCUAGUGCUAGAUCUUCUUCACAGUGCUCUUUGCAAGCACAAGAACAGAACACUCAGCAACUAUUUGUAUUUUAG